AUGGGGGCUAGAUUUUGGCCAACCCAGACUCUCAUUAGUUGUCUCAUAGAUGUGGAAUUUUGCACUAUCCAGGAUCUCGCGAGUCAGAUCAUCAACCGACAGCAGGAUAGUCCUAUUCUGAAACGUAGCUUCAACGACGCUACACUACACAGCGAUGUACUCUACUCAAGGAAACGUCCAGCACUCCAGGUCUCUGAUGCAGCUCCUGGUCCCAACUUCCCAAGUUAUACAGCCAGCGAUCGGUACCCUGGAUCUGGUUCCGGAACAUUCACUAAGCGCCUAUACGCACAUACUACCAAACUUGGAAGUAGCUCAGAUUCAAACAGCUUGCUAAGUCAGCCGAAUGUCAAAAUCUCUUCCCAUAAUGGCCUACUCGCCCAGCCCGCUACACAUACCAUGCCGACACAACCUCAACUUUUAGAACCGUUCGUCGCAUCAGCAGAGUGCAAGACUGCGCUUCAGACUGCCGCUGGUAUACGAUCAAGAUAG